UCUUCAUUCAUCACCCGUCAGAUCUGGCUCACCAGCAUAUUCCCUGUACUGUAUUUCUUACCCGCUCUUCACCCAUCCGGGUGUGUUUUUCUCCUUUACCUGGAUUGCUGGAUAUUUGAGGAAUCAAAUGGCCGCUCCGCCCGCUAGAGCUCGAGCAGAUUAUGAUUAUCUCAUUAAGCUUCUCUUGAUCGGCGAUAGUGGUGUGGGUAAGAGUUGCCUUCUCUUACGUUUCUCAGAUGGUUCUUUCACCACCAGUUUUAUUACCACUAUUGGCAUUGAUUUCAAGAUAAGGACCAUAGAGCUUGAUGCAAAACGGAUCAAACUUCAAAUCUGGGAUACUGCUGGUCAGGAGCGGUUCCGAACAAUUACAACUGCUUACUAUCGUGGAGCAAUGGGUAUUUUGUUGGUCUAUGACGUCACUGAUGAGUCAUCUUUUAACAACAUCCGGAACUGGAUUCGGAACAUUGAACAACAUGCUUCCGACAAUGUCAACAAAAUACUCGUUGGAAACAAGGCUGACAUGGAUGAAAGCAAAAGGGCUGUUCCUACUUCCAAGGGUCAAGCAUUAGCUGAUGAAUAUGGAAUAAAAUUCUUUGAGACAAGUGCCAAGACCAAUAUGAAUGUUGAGGAAGUCUUCUUUUCAAUAGCUAGGGAUAUCAAGCAAAGGCUAGCUGAGUCCGACUCAAAAGCUGAGCCUCAGACCCUCAAGAUUAAUCAAGCAGACCAGGCAGAGGGAGCAGCUGCUGCAGCUCAAAAAUCUGCUUGCUGUGGUUAAUAAGCUGCUUGCUGAUAGGAUGAUAGUUGUUGAUACACACCCUCAAGGUGACUGUUUUUUCGUGCAAAGGAGGGACUAAUCUUGUUUGACAAUUUUUAUUCGCAUAUUUUUCUGUUAAACAUCAAAUUGCUUUCUAUAUCAACUGACUGCAUUAUGUUGCAGCUGUUAAUUUUACAUAAAGUAUGGUUUGUUAGUAUAUAAAACUACAUCACUCAUCUUUAUGGAUCCUUAUUUGUUUCAAUAUUUCAUAAAGCUCUAUGAAGUCAAAUGGGGUUCACCACAUCACAAUCUUACAUUAGUUGUCG